AAAAUAAAGAUAAAAAUCCUCUGCCGAACCACACGCGCAUUAACAUCCUAGUUACCAACCACGUAUGCCCACUUUACCUCCAUAAUUAGGAAUCAUACCAAUUCCUAAAAAAUCUGCAGAAACGCCCUCUCCUCUCAGAUUAGCCUCACAAAACCCAAAACCCUCUCUCUUUCCCUAAAACCCUAAGCCACUCUUUUCACGGUCAAAAGACAAAAGAAAACACGAUGAGCUCCUUCACCAACACAACCAACUUCGACAGCCUCCUACUCCAAACCCUGAUGAGAAGACUCCAAAUCUGUCCAAACAACAACAACAACAGCCCCUUUCUCACCCAAUCCCUCGAAGACCUCCUCGUCGACGCCGCCAAUUUGUCUGAUUCCGACUUCGACGAUACCAACAAAGCCCAACUCGCCAAAGAGGAAUCCAAGCUCGAAAAAGAAAUUAUCCGGAUCAUCCUUUCAGGAAAAACCGACCCUUUAAAACCCAACUCUGGUCAAGCCGUUACCAUCAACGACCACCAUAUUUGCGUCACUUUUCAAGAAGAGAAGGGAUCGGAUUAUCGGGUUUGGGAGUGGCAUGGGCAUAUAAUGUUGUUUGAUGAAGAGAAUGGAUUUACGCCUGAAUACAUUUACGGCAAUUACUUUGAGAGAUUGCAGGGGAAGCCGCUUGUUGCACGUGUUAAGGAAGAGAAAGAGAAGGAGGUGGAGGAAGAUGAGGAGGAGGACGAGAAGGUUGCGAAUUUGGGAUUGAGGGAGUUGAUUGAUGGAGCUGCUGAUUCGGGUGGGGGUCGGAUUCUUCACAGGAAUAUUAAUGCCGGUUCUCCAAGGUUUAUAUAAAUGAUCUAGAUCAGAAGUUUACUUCGCGCUUUUUGGGUUUCAAAAGGAGAAGGCUAUCAAUCAAUGCCUCAUUCAGUUAAUGCUUGAAGCUUUUGGUUGAUACCAUGAUGCAUGCUACUGAGCGGGCAAAGGUUUCAUCUGGUUUCUUCUAUGGUUUUAGCAUAUGAAAUAUGGAAUUCGGAUACCAAUAGAAGCUGUUUUCUUUGUAUAACAAGACCUCAUUUUGUUGAAACAGGUUUUUUUUCGUUUAUGAGUUGAAUAUCUAUAUGCAUCAGUCUGCUAAUUAGAGUUUGUUCAUUUGUAUGAUGUUUGGCAAUAACAUGGUCUCAUUUUGGUGUCC